AUGCCUGUCCAAACGAAACCCCGACGGUUCCUCCCACAACCGGUAGAGGAGAGUACCAGGAGUUCUAGGAAGAAGGCGGUGGAGCAUAUCGAAAGUUCUGAUAUACAAAAAGAGUCUACCGAGAGUAAUUCUUUAGCUACAUCUACCUCCUCUGCCGAUAACAGCCUUUCCAACGGCCCCGUCACGACCAUCCCCCGACGCUUCGCACCGGAGCCAGUGGAAACAAGUACACGUACUUCAAGGAGACGCUUUGCCCCGGAACCGGUCGAGACGAGUACGAGGAGCAGCAAGGAUAAGGACAAUCCCGCCGACGGAUCAUCUUCUAAGCCUCGUCGAAAGUUUGCUCCUGAACCGGUUGAAACCACCACAAUCAGUAGUAAAGACAAGAAGCUGCAAGGAACCGAAGAAAACCAGCCUCCACGCCCUCGGCGGAAAUUCCUCCCCGAACCUAUCGAGACCACGACCAGGAGGAGGCGGAACACCGAGCAGGAGAACCCGGAGGACCUCUCCAAGUCCGCAGGGUCGACCGCGUCUAGCAGAGCGUCUAGUGGACCACGCAAGUUCUCGCCGGAGCUGAUCGAGACAGCCAAAGGUUCAUACAGACGUGUCCACCCAUCCACAGCCGAAAGCAAAGCUCCUGUACCUCCUCGCCGGCCGUCGUCACCGCGUCCAGCAUCACCACGUCCAGACUCGGACGCGACACCGAGAAUCGACCCAGCCACUGGGCUUGAAGAAUCACGGUUCUCGGCGGCUGCGCUCGCUCGCAGACGGCCGGACACCUCUCGGCAGCAUUCGUUUGUUGUUCCUGACCUGCCUAUGAUCGAGUCAACCACCGAAGAUGAAACCUCCUCGGCACCAUCGCUAAGUGAAUCUCCCUCGUCGUCAGUGUCGACAGAAAACAGACAAGAAACCAGUCGUCCUCCUAUAGAAUCUAGCUAUACCGAUUACGUGCUUCGGUUGGCCGCCGAAACAGUAAGCGAGAAAGAGCUACAAGAGCAGGCCAUGGCCGCAUAUAUCAAUGAGAGACCAUACGAACCUGUCGACCAUUUUGCCUUCACCCAGGAGGAGGAAGAGGAAGCCGGGUCGCUAGCCGUACCCAUGUUCCAAGGCGAGCAGGGCGUCGAUGUACAAGUAUUCCGACGGUCAUCGGCUGCGGAAUUGCACCUGGAAAUGCGGAGCAUGCAAAGACACCACGAGCAGCUCGAAUCAGCCAAAAAUGAGUUGAAGGCAGACACAGCCGGUCAAAGUCGAUUUAGUGCUGCUGCGCUGGCAAGCCGUCAUGCCCUUGAAGCCAAGGGGGCCAACCAAGCCAAAAAGGCCAGAGCUGCCGAAGAGGAUUCGGAAUUGGCUCGCAUGAUGAAGGCAGCAUCUCCGCCCAUGCUGGGAGGUAGCCUAGUCUUUCCCUUCACCAUUUCGCCCAAAAUGACACGUUGUGAUCCUGACCAGCCACCGAGACCGCGCACGGAAAACAGCGGCGACGAGUCCAUGGACCAAGAUAAUGUGCAAUUGUGGCACUCACAUAAACGACCUGAAAACAACGCCGAUGGCGGUCUGUGGAUGGGAAUGUGUAAAGUCGGAAUGUGGCAGCCGGUCAAUCAUCAAAUGGAUGGACUGAGAACUGGGAUCCAAACGCCGGCUCCCCUGAGCCCCGUGAUGGAAAGAAACAACCCCUUCGACUCCAUGACGCCCGGCCGGGGCAGACAGACGCCGGCCGGAAGGCAGCAGCGGUACUCGGGCAUGAAUUUCCUCCCUCUUACGCCUCCCCGCAGCACUGACGGUGAUGAUGGGUUCACCAGCACGAUCGACAAGAAGUUGCAGUUGGAAAAACAGAUCGAUGAAGAGUUCCCCCCGCGCGUCAUCACGCAGAUCUACAAUUACCUGAGUCUCGGAUAUCCCAGUCUUGCUCACAUGUUCGACGAAGAAUUGAGCAAGAUCAGCCGGAUCCCCGUCGAAGAGCUGAGGAGGGACGACAACCUGGCCGAUGCAAAGGGUUAUGUUGGGGCGCCCGAGGGUGACGGCUGUCAUGAAAGUGAAGUGGUCGGCAAGUGCAAGCGGUGGGAAGCCUUGAGGUUAUAUGUCCGAGAGUGGGCUCGACAGAGUCCCAAUUUCUUGCACGAGUCCAUGGGACCCGUUGUGAUCAGCGCAAAUGAUGAUUGGGGUGCCCGUGCCAGAAAAGGAAGCUGGGGAUUUUAA